AUGCUUCUCAGGCAGCAUGGAAUUAAACCCAGAUUAUCACCCAAUCCCCUCUUCACUCUCAAUCAGUCUUAUCUCCAUUUUAGCACAAAUCCCAUUGAUGCCCAAUCUCCAUUCCCAUCAUCUGAAACCCAAUCCUUUGUUAAAACAAUCUGUUCUCAAGUCUAUGAAUCGUAUCAGCAACAAGCCUUCUCUAGAUUUUCACCUCCAAGGCUCAACCUUAACAUCAAUCCUUAUUCUUUGACCCAUGAACAAGCCAUUUCAAUCGUUGCUUUUCUGGCUAAUGAAUCUGGUUCCAUGGUUGCUCUAAGUUUCUUUUACUGGGCACUUGAUAUCUACAUAUUUAAACGUUUCAUGAGGCUUUACAUUGUAACUGCCACUUCUUUGAUUAGAAACGGUAACUUUGAUAGAGCCAAUGAAGUAAUGCAAUGUCUGGUAAGAAAUUUUUCUGAACUCGGGAGGUUAAAGGAGGCCGUUGGGAUGGUUUUUGAGAUGCAAAAUCAUGGCUUGAAGCUAAAUGCUGAAACCUUUAAUUGUAUCUUGGGGGUUGGUUUGGAAAUGGGGUUGCUUGAUUAUUUGGAGAAAGUGUUUGAUGAAAUGUCUGAGAGAGGGGUGUGUGGGGUUUUUUGUAGUUAUAAAUUGAUGGUAGUUGGGUAUUGUAGAAUGGGGAGGGUUUCAGAGGUUGAUAAGUGGCUGAAAGAAAUGCUGGAAAGAGGGUUCAUUGUUGAUAAUGCUACUUGCACAUUGGUUAUCAGUUUGUUCUGUGACAAGGGUUUUGCAAAUCGAGCACUCUGGUACUUUGAUAAGAUUGUGAAGAUGGGAUUUAAGCCUAAUCUGAUUAACUAUUCUUGUUUGAUUAAUGGAUUGUGUGAGAAGGGUAGUAUAAAGCAAGCCUUCGGAAAAUUGGAAGAAAUGGUUAGGGAAGGAUGGAAGCCUAAUGUGUAUGUACAUACUGCUUUGAUCGAUGGGCUUUGCAAGAAAGGAUGGACUGAGAAGGCUUUUAGGUUGUUCCUUAAGCUUGUUAGGAGUGAUAAAUACAAGCCAAAUGUCCAUACAUAUACUUCUAUGAUCAGUGGUUAUUGCAGUGAGGAGAAGUUGAAUCGGGCAGAGAUGUUAUUGAGCAGAAUGAAAGAGCAAGGUUUGGUUCCUAACACCAACACAUAUACCACUCUUAUUAAUGGCCAUUGCAAAAUGGGAAGUUUUGACCGAGCAUAUGAAUUGAUGCGUGUAAUGGAUAAAGAAGGUUUUACUCCGAAUAUAUAUACAUAUAAUGCAAUUAUUUGUGGUCUCUGUAAAAGGGGAAGGGUUCAAGAAGCCUAUGAACUGCUUAGAAAUGGCCUUCUGCAUGGAUUGCAAGCUGAUAGAGUUACGUAUACCAUUCUCAUUACUGAACAGUGCAAGCAAGCUAAUACUGAGCUAGCUAUGGCCUUUUUUGGUAAGAUGAUUAAAGUUGGCCUCCUGCCUGAUAUGCAUUCAUAUAACACAUUGAUUGCAGCAUUCUGCAAGAAAAAGGAAAUGAAAGAGAGUGAGAACCUUUUUGAGGAAGCUUUAAGGCUUGGAUUGGUUCCAACCAAGGAAACUUACACAUCCAUGAUAAGUGGGUACUGCCGCGCUGGAAACUUAAGCUUGGGGCUCAAGUUUUUCAACAAGAUGAGUGACCACAGUUGUGUACCAGAUAGCAUCACAUACGGAACAUUGAUCAAUGGACUUUGCAGAGAGUCUAGGUUGGAGGAGGCAUGCCAGUUAUAUGAGACUAUGAUGGAUAAAGGGCUCUUUCCAUGUGAAGUAACUCGGUUAACACUUGCUUACGAGUAUUGCAAAAAAGGUGAUUCUGCCAUUGCCAUGGUUAUGUUGGAAAGACUAGAGAAAAAACUUUGGAUGCGCACGGUUAACACCUUGAUCAGGAAGCUUUGUAGUGAGAAGAAAGUGGGCAUAGCAGCAUUAUUCUUUCAUAGAUUAUUGGAUAAGGAUCGCAAUGUUAAUCGUGUAACUUUGGCAGCAUUCGUUACUGCAUGUUAUGAGACUGACAAGUUUGCUCUUGUCUCUGACCUGAAUGAAAGGAUCUCUAAAGGAAUUGGUUAGGGCAAAUGGUCUAUGUAUUCAAUCAAAACCUUUUCUGCUGAAGCAGGUAACAUGUCAAGAAAUGAAGUUCCCUUUUUUGAGUUUUUCAAAAAGAA